AUGAGUUUCCAUACCUGGAUCACCGGAAAUGGUGGCCGGAUGACGAAGAACGAGCCGGUGAAAGUUUACGAAAAAUUGUCCAACAACGCCUGUUUAUUGGCUGUUUCCGACGACUAUGGUGGUGGAUCGGGGCUACAAAGAGCUGGGGCUGGAAGAGGGAAGUCAGGUGGUUCAUUUAGGACCGGUUUUGCUUGA